GCCAUCUUCAUAUGUCAAAAAACACUGAAUAAUCUUCUUAGCAUAAUGGCCAUGGUAAUUUGCUUUCAAGUAAAAGAUUAUCGAGUUCCUCUCUCAAUCAGUUCUCCCAAGUCAGUUUCAAAACUCUGGCAUAUUUUCCUUGUACUUAUUACCUCCUUUUUCCUCUUCCGACCCUCCGAAGCCGAAGUCAUCAAUGGCAAUUAUAAACAGGUUACGAACAUUGCUGCAAUCCUUGAUCUCAAAUCAAGAAUCGGGAAAGAAGAGAAAACUGCCAUUGAAAUAGCUGUUCUAAAUUUCAACAAUGGCUCAAAAGAUCACAAUAUAUCUCUUUACUUCCAAGUCCACCAAAGAAAUCCCCUCCACGCUGCUCAAGCUGCUGAAAAUUUUAUUAAAGAGAAGGGAGUCAAGGCAAUAUUGGGCAUGGAGAGAUGGGAGGAGGCAGCUUUAGUUGCUGAUAUUGGAAGCCAAGCUCAAGUUCCCGUUCUUUCAUUUGAUGCACCUGCCAUAACACCACCUUUAACACCAUCUCGAUGGCCUUUCCUGGUACGAAUGGUUUACAAUGAUUCUGAACAAAUGAGAUGUAUUGCAGAACUUACUCGCGCUUAUAAUUGGAGAAGGGUUGUAGCAAUUUAUGAAGAUAAUAUUUAUGGUGGUGAUUCUGGGGAGCUGGCACUUCUAUCUCAGGCUCUACAGGAGGUUGGUUCAGAGAUCGAGCACCGCUUAGUUUUACCACCAUUUGCUUUAAUAUCAGAUCCGAAAGAGGCUGUUAAAGAGGAACUAACAAAGCUCCAAGAAAUCAAAUCGCGGGUUUUUAUUGUUCUUCAGACAUCAUUUCCUUUGGUGACCCAUUUGUUUAGAGAAGCUAAGAACAUGGGGCUGGUGGGGAAAGACACAGUGUGGAUCCUCACCGAUACUGUUACUAGUUUACUGGACUCGUUUAACACCUCUGUUAUUUACUCUAUGGAAGGAGCUCUAGGAAUUAAGAGUUACUAUUCUGAUAGUAGCAGUGCCUACAAAAGUUUCCAUGCGAGGUUUCGGCAAAUUUUCAGGUCAAAGUACCCAGAAGAAGAUAACUUGGAGCCAGGAUUUUAUGCCCUGAGAGCAUAUGAUAGCAUUUCAACUAUUAUAAAGGCCAUGGAGAAAAUGUCCAGCAACAGUAGUAGUAGUCCAAAUGAGUUCUUGAAUAAUAUAUUGUCAAGCAAUUUCUCUGGUUUAAGUGGUCAGAUACGUUUCAAAGCAGGCGAGUUAAUGCAUAGUCCUAAACUGGGGAUUGUGAACGUGGUUGGAAAGAAAUAUAAGGAGAUAGACUUCUGGUUGCCUAGGUACGGAUUCUGGGAAAGUAAUGAAGAAGGUGGAGGACAUCAAAACGGUGGUGGGUCUCUGCAACUGCAAGGUCAUGUGAAUUGGCCUGGGAACCUAAAGCGGAUUCCAAAAGGCUGGGCAAUGCCUUCAAAUACAAAACCCAUGACUAUUGGCGUUCCAGGGAGAACCUCGUUCCAGAGGUUUGUGAGAGUAGUGAAUGAAAGUGAAAACCAAUAUGAUGGUUUUUGCAUUGAACUUUUCCAUGAAGUGUUAAAGUUUUUGGAUUAUAAUCUACCUUACAAUUUUGUACCCUAUAAUGGCACUUACGACGAUCUGGUGAAUCACGUAUAUAACAAGACUUUUGAUGCCAUCGUCGGUGACGUAACCAUACUAGCUGACAGAAUGGAUAAAGUGGAAUUCACCCAGCCAUAUACAGAAUCAGGCUUGUCGAUGAUAGUUCCCGUCAAGUCUGAAGAGUCAGCAUGGAUGUUUACGAAGCCCUUCACUUGGCAAAUGUGGGUGGUCACCGGUGCCAUCUUGAUCUACACGAUGUUCAUAGUUUGGUUCCUGGAGCACCAAUCUAAUCCUGAUUUUAGAGGUCCAUUGAAGAAUCAAAUUGGCGCUGCAGUUUUAUUCACUUUCUCUUCUCUCUUUUUUGCUCACAGGGAGAAAGUUUACAGUAAUCUCACUCGGGUGGUGUUGGUAGUGUGGUUAUUUGUUGUGUUGAUCUUAAACUCAAGCUACACUGCUAGCCUUACUUCAAUGCUUACCAUCCAACGGCUACGGCCAAAUGUUACUGAUAUUGAUUGGUUAAGAAGUAAAAACUUACCAAUCGGUUGUGAUGAAGAUUCAUUUGUAAGGGAUUAUUUGAAGAAAGUAUUGAAGUUCAAUAAUAUCAAGAAUGUUACUAGCGAAUACGAUUACCCCAGUAAAUUCCAGGGUAGACAAAUAUAUGCUGCCUUUCUUGAACUCCCAUAUCAGAAAGUCUUCCUCAGCCAUUACUGCAAGGAAUAUGUUCCAAACGCACCCACGUAUAAAUUUGGAGGAUUAGGUUUUGUGUUUCAGAAGGGCUCCCCAAUGACAAGUGAUUUUUCCAAAGCUAUAUUGAGGUUAUCAGAAAAUGGAGAUUUGGUAAAAUUGGAAAACAAGUGGUUUGCUUUCUCUCAGAAGUGUUCCAGCAGUGCGACUGACAAUGAAACUGAAAGCUUAAGCCUAAAAAGUUUCUGGGGUCUCUUCGUAAUAUCUGGUGCAACUUCUACCAUUUGUUUCCUAUUAUUUCUAGUUCACUUGCUGAAUAAGUAUUGGCGUUAUCAAAAGGCAAAUCAGGAAGGCAAUGCAAAGAGUAGCGUUUGGAGGAAAACUGUUACUGUUGCAAGGUAUAUAUAUCAUGGAGAAAUUGGUAUUCCAGGAAACUCUCCAAGUUUUUCUCCAUCACCUAAUUUCCAUGAAUGGAUCUCUCCAAGGUGGGAAUCUUCCACUCCCUGUGACAUUCCGGAGAGUCUUCCAGCCUCCUCCUCUCCACAUGAAAUCGAAGCUGUGAAUAUUCUAAAUUCUUCCGGAGUCUUCAGGCCACCUGAUGAUCACCAGCUGAGAUCAAUGCAUAAGUAGAAAUUUGAGCAACUAAGCCAGAUGCUUUAACGAAUCAGUGGACCGUGGAGACCAAUUUCUGUAUCACUAGACCAAAAUUCAUUCAUCAAUUUUAUUAUGUAUGAAUACAGAAUUUAUUGUGUACAAUAGUUAUUUUUACAUUGAUGUGCCCCCAAAAUAUAAUAUAGUUAAUAUUUAUUCUUAAA